AUGUUAAAUGCAUGUUAUAGAUGUAACAUAUUUGUCAUAGCAGAGGUUGAGGAUAUGGAAGACAUGUUAGAUUUACCAGUGUGGAUGUUUGCCACCGACGAAAAACUAGUUGGGAUUAGAGCUACUUCAUAUGGACUUCAUCGUCUGAGUCAUAUGGAGAAGGGAAAACAACGAGGCUCAAGAAAAAAGAAUAUAAGCAUGGGCCCUUGCCAUGGUAGAGACUUGCACGAAGCUAGGGAGAGAACCAUCCCAGCUAGUCUUGUUGACUGCCAAUGGGACAAGCGAAUACUACAACGGGCAAGAGAAGCUCAUCUCAUCGUAGUUGGGGACGGACAACGAGAGGAUUACUCAGCCAAUUCUAUUUUCGAUAUGCAUGUGAUAGAUCUUCAUCUUUCGCAUAAUGAAAUAGGUGAGAAACCGGAGUUACUAGAUAGGAUGUUCGCCGCCGACGAAGAACCCGUGGUGAUUAGGGUCACAUUUUAUGGGUCUUUAAAUUGGAUGUAUGUCGAUCAUGUUUACAGUCUUCGAGUAUGUCAGUUCGGUUUUCGAUUCAUACCUUCGUGA